AUGUUGACCCGCCGUUCUGAGCGGCUGAGCAGCAAGGCAACAUCGGCGCCGGCGUUCACAUCCAACGAGGUCGAAGACCGUGGCCACGAGGAAAGCGACUACCAGGAGAGUGAUGGUGAAGGCGGAUACGAUGAGCCUGAGUACGCGCCGUCCAGCCAAGGCCGACCGAAAGUAUCAUAUAGUGCACGUCGUCAAGUACGCUACGAAAUCGACUGGGCGUUCUCGUCUCCAAGGCCAGCUCCGAAACAUCACGACCGUUCCUAUCGAUGUACUCUUGGAGAUAUGCCUUCAGGCGAGCCGAUUGAGCUCGUGUCGCUCUCUCAGACCAGUCGAUUCCUUCAAAACCUGCUCUUGGACAGCCGUCAUCUCUUCAUAUAUAAGACUGUGCGGGAGAACGCGUCUGGUCUACCUCCACCCCAACCACCGAUAGGAAUGUCAGAGAUGAGCUGGGCUCGCCUGCUGUAUGGUGGAAACGGCUGUAACACUUGCAAUAGGCACGUACCUCACAUCGAUUUUGGCUUACGGCGGCGAGUCUGUGUGGGAUGCAGGAGAAGCUAUCAAUUCUGGGAGUCUCGAUUCAAGAGUUCUUGCCCUGGUAUGGACGCCUAUAUGAUGAAUCUUGUGGGAUUCUCCCGCAUCGGCGUAAGCUCUCGGGGUCACGCUUCUGAGAAUCAACGAUUCUACUGGAAACCUGACUUGGAUGAUAUGGAUGCGCGUAUCGCACGAUUGGAAAGAAGAGAAGGGACGCGAGCUGCCGACGAGUUCUACGAGAGGAGGGUGGCUCUGGUGGAAGCGGCCAUGCAGGAGAUUCCAGCUCUGAGUGCAUGGGAGAAGAAAUGGAUCGAGCGCAAGUCCGAAGACCAAGGCGUCGCCGAGAUGAGACGCUAUGAAGAGAUCGUGUCGCGCGCAGUCGCAGCUGGAUACGACCGACGCGAUAUACCCAGCCGAUGGGGAAUCGAUUGGGCCGUCUCGGGCAAACCGGAACUUACGGAUACAGCUUGGAAGCGACUCUUGCCGAGACUCCAGAAGGCGAUCGCUGAAACCCGCGAGUCCCGCCUGAAGGAGGAGAGAAAAGCGUGUAUUCUCAAACGAUGCUCCACUGCGACGGAACUUUAUCGGAAGUUCUUGCACACCCUUACACCCAUCCAAUGGCGAUAUCUUCCGACUCCCAAUCAUAUACUCUACACCUCUUGCAGUGGUCUAGCCUGCUUCCGCGAUCUUCUUGCAAUGCAGGACGAGCCCUCUGAGCAGCAAUGGGCGGCCGCUGCAGAGCAACUCCCCAAGGAAAUGUCGACGCAUCUGUCCUCUUAUAUCAGCGCCAUGGAUGGCGGAGAUUCACCUCAGCAUUGCUCGUCAACUACCUCUGAACUCCUUCUCAUGUCGGCUGGGUCCGAUGCCGCCACUUUGGACCAGCUCUGCGAACGCUUCUCGUCUCUCGACUACGCCCGCACGGUACUUGUGCGUCCCGGCCAGUUGCGGUCUGGCUGUGACGUCUGGCACGCUUGGUAUCGGUGGGGCGAUGAUUUUCAGACAUUCAAGCGAGGAUUCUCGUCUCAGGGAUCGGACGCGCUGAGCGCUAUCGCAGCCCUACUAAGAAAGGAUGUCAACACGGUGACGGCAACGGAAUUAGACGUCUCGUCAGGGGACGUAUCGUUUCGGUGCGCUCAUUGUCCUGGGACACACGUCGGAUGGAGAAGUUGGGUAGACCAUUGCAUACGGUCGCCAAAUUCAGAGCACAAUCCAAUACUCGUGGCCCUUGAUCCAGAUCAAGCCGUGCAUGAUAGUGCCAAAGAUGCUGGCCAUGAGCAAUGGGCUUGCGCCCAUUGUGAUCACUACUGCGUCCGGCUCGACGGGUAUGACUACGAGAACAGACCUAUAUAUCGAGCCGAUUUCGGAUCAUACCCUGAGCUCGAGGAACACAAGGCAACUCAUGGUAUACCCUGCCCAUCGGAGUUCUACGACAUCUCCUACUAUAUUGGUUUUCAUGGCAAGGCACGACCUGCCACGACCGUGUCUACAGGAGCCGCGUGA